UGACCAGCUGGCCAGACUGCGGAAUUGAAAAUCGAACCAUUGGGGCUCAAAAUUCAUUCCUAACAUGGAGCCUAGGGAGUUGGGCACCGAAAACCUGAGGCAAAGGAGAUCCCAGGAGAAGGCCCAAAAGGAAGAGGAAGCGCCGCAACAAGUACCAAAUGGGGACGCCAAACAUCUGGACAUCAUCACUGCUCAUAUCCAGUGGAAGAGACACGUGGAGGCGAUGAAGUCGGAGCUCUUGGAGCAGGUCCACACUCAGCUCAGUGAGCUGCUGGACAAAGCAUUGGAAGAAGCGGCAUACUCCUUUCCCCCUCGUUUGAGGAAUGGCUUAGCAAAGCAAGCAAGCAGGGAGAAAAGCCCACUGCAGGAGAAGCAGAAAGUGUUUGUUGAACGGCAGUCGUUGCUUGACGAGCUGCUGAAUGUAGAACACUUCCGCACCAUCUACCACAUGUUCGUGGCCAUGCUCUGCGUCUUUGCUCUCAGCACCGUUGUUGUGGAUUUCAUUGACGAAGGACGCCUUGUCCUGGACUUCAAGCUCUUCAUCUUUGCUUUCGGACAGCUGCACGUGGCGCUCUUUGCCUGGCUCUGCAUGUUCCUCUACACCCUAGUGGUUCCCUACAAGGCCCUGCAGAUCUGGACUAGCUGCUUAAGGACGGUCCGGUUCCCCAAACUCUUCACAGCGGCUGUGGUUGUGGCGCUGCUGCUCUGCCACACUGCUGCCCUGGGCUUCUAUCCCAUCCAUACUGUAGUCAGCUACAAACUGGGGCCUGCUUCUCGUUUCAUUGUCAUCUUGGAGCAGAUCCGGUUCCUCAUGAAGAGCCAUGCGUUCCUGCGAGAAUCUGUGCCUCCUAUCCUCUGCACUGUGUCCCAGGAUGGAAAAGGGCGCCCGCCUGAAUUCUCAACAUACCUGUAUUUCCUCUUCUGCCCCACUUUGAUCUACAGAGAGAGCUACCCAAGGACACCUUACGUGCGCUGGAGGUACGUCAUCCAUAACUUUGCUAAGGUUCUUGGGUGCUUGUUUUACGGGUACUUCAUCCUGGAGCGCCUCUGCAUCCCUGUCUUCAACAACAUGAGCAAGCAGCCCUUCAGCAUCAAAACCCUGGUGCUCUCCAUCUUCAACGCAACGUUACCAGGGACCUUUCUGCUGCUUUUGGCAUUUUUUGCUUUCCUACACUGCUGGCUGAAUGCCUUUGCUGAGAUGCUGCGGUUUGCUGACCGGAUGUUCUACAAGGACUGGUGGAAUUCCACAUCAUUCUCUACAUAUUACCGGACGUGGAAUGUGGUUGUACAUGACUGGCUCUACUACUAUGUCUAUCAAGAACUUGUGUGGCUGCUCAGAGGAAAGGCACGGGUUGGGGCAAUGCUGUUUGCCUUCAUCGUCUCAGCAGUUGUCCACGAAUACGUUUUCACUGUGUGCUUUGGCUUCUUCUACCCUGUCAUGUUCACCCUCUUUGCCUUCUUUGGAGUGAUCUUUAACUUCAUCCUCAAUGAUAAGAGAACAAGCCCCGUAUGGAACAUCAUAAUGUGGACAUUCCUGUAUGUGGGCCAAGGAAUCCAGGUCUGCCUGUACUGCCAAGAGUGGUAUGCCCAAAUCCACUGCCCACUCAAAGAGAGGACCUUCUGGGGGAUAGUGACUCCACGUUCUUGGUCCUGCCGCUCCUAGGUCAAUACCAGCUACCUUUGAGAAGCCACCUUUCGCAUCCCUUCGCUCCAAACAGAUCUUCCUGGACUCACACUCUGACCAUUAGAGGAGUUGGAGCCCAACAUCUUCAGAGGAGGGUUAGGUUGCCCAUACUUGCUGUAGGCUCAAAUUCAAGUACCCAGCAUUGACUUCCCAGCAUAGCAAGAAGGUGAUUUACCUGUCCACUGUUGUUGCUUGAUUCCAGCAUCUACAUAAUACUUCAAAGUUUGCCUAGCAUCUACCUACUCAGUUUGUUCAUGGCUGUUUUCUACUUUAAAAAAAUAAAAUUAUGUGCACACAAGUAA